UAACAUCGCAGCGUUCUUUCCGGGGUCGUCCAAGGGCACGACUCUCUAGAAACUAGGUGGAAAACAUCGAGACAACUUGGGCUUAGUUUGCACAUUCCGGAGCAGGAUACGACUUGCGUAUUUAACUAUCAAUAUAGAAAAGGGGCGAGCUAAUUAGUGACGAAAAAUCGAUUCAUCGAUAGGCAGCCGCACUCGGUCAUCGGCGCCACCGUUGUUGUCACUCGUGGAACGACGCCGUUUUGUGUGCUUGGCUUCGCCGUCUUUCGUCUUUUCUGGAAAAGAAGGUCAGGAUAGGAGUGUAUCCCGCAGACAGCCGCCUUAGAGAAGAGAAGAGACGACGACGACGGCGACGCCGUCGGAGGCAGCAUGGACGAUAAUGACGCAGAAUAUCGGAUGACGAGCGUGACCCACCUGGAGACCAGAGCCAAGCUCUUGGAGAUGCGCAAGGAAGUGCCCUUCAUUCGCAGCGUGCGAGAGAGUAAUACGAGUUCCCUGUCCAAGGUGCAGUCGCAGCGCCUGCAGGCACUAAUCGCACUGUUGGAGCGAGAGAACGUCUCCCUGCUCACGCUGAACAAGAUCGAGAGGAUUGUGAACAAGUUAAAAACGAAAUUCAAUCCGAGUUUCAACGAUGUCAUCGACAUCACCGAUCCAAAUUCGAACGAAUUACCGUCUUGCUCCGCGGCUGCUGCAAAGCCCUCGAAUGCGCCUGGCUCCGAGUCGGCCGAUGCAAAGCCACGUGAAGACCCAAGAGCAACUCCAGCAACCAACAAGACUCAAGGCUCCAAGCCAUUUCCAGGCAAUACCAUCAAAACAAGCUCAACUCCACAACCGGCUCCAGCUCCAGGAAUUCCAAAACCAAAUCCAAAAGUAAUCCUCCCGGAGCCAGGCGGUGUACUGGACGUUAUGCAGAAGGCGCGCUUAAAGGAGAUCGAAUUGCGAAACGCGCAGGCGCAGUUCAACCACCUUGCGGCUAUUGCCAAGCAGAAUAAUCCAUCAGUAACCCCAUUGGAGAAGCUGCCACAGUUAGGCCGCCGAUUGCCCAGCGCCCCGGCUGAUAAACCGGAUUUCGUACGUCGCAGCACAACGCCUCUUAUGCAGGAGGGCAGCAAAGAUAGCGACCACCGAUCGCCGGAGAUAGAUACUUACAGCAUCUCAUCCGCAUCGACUCCUAGUCCAGGCAAGCCUUCAAAUUCAUCCAACUCUCUGGAGGAGGCACGCAAGAAACUGGCUGCCCUGCGGGGUGGCGCCGCUGCAACGGGUCAGGAUCAUUCAGCGAUGGCUUUGGCAUCGAACAAGAACGAUCCGCGUGGCAAGAAGCAGACCCUAGUCACCGCCCUGCCCAAGCACGACAGCAAUACGAGCUCGAAUAACGUCGGGAAUGUCACGCCGCCGCCGAUGGUUCGCAUAAUGUCGCCUAUACCACCAGCGCCGAGUAUGAAGCCGAGCCCUUCCUCGUGGUACACAUUUGGCAACAUUCCAUCAGGCAACGUUAGCAAAACCAGCAGCACCAGCAGCAGCAUCAGCCAGGAGGCAGAUCACUCACCGAUGUCAUCGCGGUCUUAUGGCAGCGAUUCAUGGCGUUCCUUCAACGGAUCUGAAAGUUGGGAUCCUCGGCGAGAGAAUCACAAUCCUCGUGAUCCACGCAUGGGCAGGAACCAAUCCUCGCAUGGACCACAACAGCACCAAAGUCACACGCUGCCAUAUUCCGGCGAUCUACGCCGUGGUAAUGGCACUUACGCCAACAUGGAUGAAAGCAACCAUUGGCCAUCCACCAGCAACGGAACUGGAAAUGCCAACAAGUACACCAAGCCGAACUGGGGCGCUAAUCCGUCUGCGAAUCCGAACCACAUUCCGGUAAGUGCUUUCAAUAGCUCGGCCAGCUCCAGGGGCGGAUUCCGCGGCGGAAGCCACAACCCGACGACAAUGGGUCGCUUUGGCCGACCAAAUGCGGGACCUGCCUGCAAUGGAUCCGCACCAGAGUCUGGACACCCCAAUUACGUAGCGCGCACCUAUCGUGAGCACAGGGAGGCCAAGGCUCGUGAGGCCAAGGCCAAGUUAGCCGAGGAGCUGCGCCAACUGGAGGCAGAUAAGCAACGCCUCUUGGAGGCCGUUCAGAAGGAGACUCCGCAGGAUAAAGACAAAGGGGAAGCGGAAGCUGCCACUGCUGCAUUACCAGCAGGGCCAGCAUCAGCACAAGCAGGACCUGUGACAGAACCCCAACUGGACACCUUGUACCGCAACUCAACCGGCGCCUCUUGUAAGAAGAUUGACUUCCGUAUACCGAAAAAAUCGCCGGCGGUUGCCUCUAGUCCCAGUUCAGUCAAUGGUGAAAGCGAUGUCAAUGCUGCCGGCAGCGGAAGCUCAACCCCCCGCAUGUCUCCGAGCAAAUCCUGUGAUGCUAGAAAAGUUAGCGAUAAUAAUAGUCAUAAGAGUAAUAAUAAGGACAAGGAAAAGGACAUGGAAGUAACCAAAACGGAUGAGGAAAUCAAGGACAAGGAGAAGUCAAAGACUAAGAAGCAUCAUAAGAAGGCGGACAAGAAGGGCCGCAACCCCAGCAAGGAGCACAAGAAGCGAGCGGACAAGGACAAAGGCAAGGAAAAGGAAAAGGAGAAGUCAUCAUCGUCGCACGAUGCUUUGGACACUGAUAGCGUCACCAUUGUUGCGAGCUCGGAGAACAACGAAAAUCUGGAGAACGAGCCGCCUGUCGAGGAGGUCUCGCCCAUUAACGGGCCGUCACCAGCCUUGUCCGAGGAGUCUGACGAGAAGCUGGACGCCAUGGCAGUGCUGCGUGGCGCCAAGAAGAUUCCCCCUCUGGUCAAUGGCGAAGUCAUGGAGAAGGGAGUCGAAAACAACGUGGUAGACGACAGUCAAGAAGGCGAAGCGGAUGAAGAGAAAGCGGAGCCACCGAAGCUCUCAAAGAUGAAAAUAGUGCUCGGCCCCAAUGCACACUCCACGCUACUCCAUGGCGAGAAAUCCACCAUUGCGGACAACGCCAAUCCUUUGGCCAGCAAGGACACGAAAAUGACCAGCGAUUUCAAGGCCUUGGAACUGUUUACGGAUAAGCACGACGACACUGAAGUGCCCGCUCCGCCGCUGCAAGAGUUGCGCCGCAUCAUGAAGCGUCGGUACUCGAUGGUGCCCAAGGCCAGCCAACCUUUAGUAGACAAGGAGGAGAUUCUUACCGGCGGCAGUCUGUUAUACGAGGAUCUACAGGAGCAAAAGCGUCAGACGCAGCGUGCCCGCCAUCUGGCGCACAUAUUUGAGAAGACCAGCGACAACUGCCGCAUCUCUACUCAAAAUAUUAUUACUGGUAAGCGACGCACACGCGGCGCCCCCGAGUCCUCCUUCAACGAGACGCAACUGAGCCGACGCUGCUUCGGCCUGGGGUCGAUCAACAAAUCGAAGCGGUCCGAGAAAACCAAGGCCACUACGUCUUCAGCUGCCGCCGAUCUUGAGAUUAGCGAACCACCCAAAGCCACGAUGGCUCCAGCUUCCACUGAUGUUGCGCUUAUCGAGCCAUCUACAUCGAGCGAAGCCACUAGUCGCAAGCGCCGCAGGAGCGUCCGGGAUGCGGAGGAUAAGGCGGAUGUGGCGGUGCUAAGUGAGGACCACCAACAGCUACCUCAGCCACCGCCGGCACGUAAAAUCUACAAGCGUCGUCCCAAGCGCAACGAGCUGGACAAGUUAAAUGACGACAUUGCCAUGAUGUACUACGGUGAGGAUGUGCUCCGGGCCACGGGCCGUCGGGCGUGUACCCAGCGUUCGCGCACUCCAUCAAUGCCGCGAGUUUCGCCGCCGACAGAGACCAACAAUAGUAGGAGCAGCCACAUGUCACCUCCCAUUAUCAUUCGAAAUGUGGCCCGCCGGGGCAAGCGCUUCCACGGUCCGAGUUCACUGAACAGCGGCUUGAAUCGAGCCACCGUCCUGGCCCAGAAGCAACGCUGCACUGUCAAAAUUCUGCGCAAUCGCAUCUUGGAGCAAAUGGUCAGGGAGGGGAAGACGUUUUUGACCGAAGAAGAGCUGGAGAGGCCCGCGAAGCGGCGAAGGCUCAGCGAGACAUCUGAUCCGAUGGAUAUCCGAAACGUUAAUCCCGAAUGGCAUGCCACAUCAGCGGCCACCAGUUCCUGCGUCGUCUGCAACGUGAAUAUCCGAAAGAGCCCGCUCCUUCACUACAUUCAGAACCAUGGAGAGCAUUACGGCGCCCGCUUGCCGCCCGGCAUGCUCGACGAGCUGCGUGCCGGACGCAAUCAGCGGCCAGACUACAAGAUUGCGCAGGGCGCCGUGCAAGUCUAUUACUACAAGUGUCCCUUCUGCGUGAAGGUGAUCAAUAUGCGUGCCUUAAACCUGGCCGAGCAUCUUAUCACUCACACGGGUGAGCGACGGUAUCAGUGCUCGCACUGCCUGAUGGCGCUACAUCGCUUGCACAUCAUGCAGGACCAUAUAAAGACCUGUGCUCCCGAUGCCACCGUCGUGAAGCACGACAACUGCGGCAUUUUGCCCAUAAGCCUGAACGUGUGCCACCUCUGUAAUUUCGUCCAGGUCAGCGAAGAUCACAUGAACUGGCAUCUACAGACGCAGCACGGCCUGUUGGAGGCGGAUCUUCAGGGUCUCAAGCGUGAGCGCGUACUGCUCUGCACCCUUGAGGGCGUGCCCAGGGCGGCGUCACUGGCAGAGGGUCAGAAGAUAGUCAAGCGUAACCAAAGGAAUGCCAUUAUGGACACGACAGAUCCAAAGCCCAAGGCCGCCGGCACCUCUACUAAGGCCAAGACGAAGGCAGCUGGAAAAGUCUCAAAGAAAAAUAGUAAAGACAAUGACAACGGCGACGACGAUGAACGUCCUAGCUCAUUCAAGGCUGCGAAAAAGAAGACAGGACCCAAAAAGAAGGUCAAGAUUCGUUUCCAGAAUAAGACCAAAAAGUCGUUGCACAGUGUUAAGCGCGAGAAGGAAGACGAAACCGAGGACCAGAAGGAGUGUAAAUCGGAACCUCUGCUAGGAUCACAAGGAGAGAUAUUACCGGAAACCAAUGCAGAAGCACCGCUAGCGACACUGCCGCUGCCACCGCCGGAGAAGGAGGAGCUGCCGGUGGUCAACGAGUGCCUGAUGGACCACGAUAUGACAAUGGCACUGGAGGAGAUCGCUGAAGAAGAGCAGGCCUUGCAGGACAAAGACCAGAACAUGUUGGUCGAGAAAAAGCCGUUGGAGAAUGUGGAUAUGGAUACGUCUGUAAAUGUAGGUCAGGAAGUGGCUGAAGGUGUGAAGAAUGACGAUGAAAAGCCGCCAGUGGAGUCUGCCAAUCUUGAGUCAAUAGAGACAGAAUCUGAGAAAGCAACGAAAGCGCCAAUGGAGGCAGAGCCUGAAGAGGCAGCCACCACCGAAGCCACAAAGCCAAAGACACUGCUGAAUCCGGAUCUUAGUCUGUCCGAACUGGACGCCGAUCUGCUCGACGGCAUUGGCAGUGAUGCCUCCGAUGUGGAAGUUAACUUUGACAACGACCCAAAAAUUGAGGAACCGCAGGCAGAUGACUGGAUUGAUCUGGAGACCGCCGAAGACAACCGUAAGGCCCCCAAGAACCCCUUCCAGUCAUUCUCUCGAUUCUGCUCGCGCCUGAACAAGGGCAGCCGGUCGGGCAGAUCGGGUACCAAUGGAAGUACCAGUGGGAGCAGCAACGAUGGCCAGGAUUCACCUGAUCCCAGCGAGCUAAUGCCCCGCAUGCGUCCCCUGGAACCAGAGACUACUUCCACCACCUCCACAACCCCCACAAGCAUCACUAUAAAAACCCAGAAGGAUGAGACACCGCCCUCGCAGAGUUCCGCUGCUGUAACGCCUUCAUCUCCGGUGGCCGUUCCGCGCAAGAGCCCACUCAAGCGGGUGGAGAACGUGGCAUAUCGCAAAGGUGGAGUCGGCCCUAUGGCUGGCCAGUGCGCAGCCUACUAUUGCAUCUAUCCGGGCUGCACAUUCCUCUUCUCCAACGAACUGGAAGGCCUCGAGAACCACUUUGCCCAGGAGCAUCCGAAGGUGCGUUGGACCGGCACCUGUGCCCUGUGUCCGCGUGGUCGCAAGAACCGAGAUCCUCAGCCACACAGCAUAGCCGAUGAGCUGCGUCACAUGACGGAGGAGCACAUGAAUCGGAGGCGCAGUGUCACUUUUGAAGUAAUGGAUCUGGACUCAAAUGAACCGGCGGAAUCUGCAGCCGGUACGGAUCAGCCACUCUUUAAGUUGCGUGUUCGCCGCUUCACUGGCGACCGCCUGGCGGAGCCACAAACUGGCGAAGAAAGCCAGUCAGCGUCAGGAGCAGUAGCAGCACCAGCACCAGAAGCAGCAGCGACUGCAAUAACUACCGGGGAAGAUCAACCGAAUGGCAUGCUCAGGGGUCUGCUGAGGGCGGAGCCACGUCCCCCGAAUCAAGUGGACUUCAAUGCCGCCGGCUUGGGUGAAUUUCUCUGCGUCAAAUCUACAACGACGCCAGAGGAGCCGGCCAUCAAUACCACCACUGGCACUACCAGCGAACAGCCAACGGUCAUCAACUAUCCGAGUGGCCUGGGGCUUGCCAUCAGCCAAGUGUUUAACGGGUCCUCUGUACCCUUGUCUGUCCUAAAUACUCCCACUCCGGCCUCGUCGGUAGCUCCACCUAAGCCCCCACCAGCACACCUGAACGUUCCCGUUUUCAGUGAUAGCGGCACCCGUGUGGUGCCGGAUCGUUUCCGUUGCAUGGCCCCCAAUUGUGGCUUCUGCGCCCACACCGUGAUGUGCAUACGGGAGCACAUGAGGAUCCAUCGCUUCAGCUUCGCUAGCAACGGUUAUUUGAACUGUGCCUAUUGCAACCACAUUGCCACCGAUGUGGAUGACUACAUCCGUCACGGCGUCGUUGUCCACAACCUGGCCCCGAAUUCGGAUUUGCACGGAAUCCCCGCCGAAACCCCAUCCGUCAGCCAGCAGAUCCGUGACAUGCUAAAUCAGCGUAGCAAUGUCACUGUCCGCUCGCUGGCCACCCAGAACUCAACGACAGCUGCUGCUCCAUCGGCUCCAGUGAAUAUCCUGCCCACUGCAACGAAUAGCAUGGCAGGAACAGGAGCCGAACCCGGAGGAUCUGCAGCAUCAGGACUAUCGGAUGUCUCCCUGGCCAAUGCAGUCACCGAACUGCUACGUCCCACCGGCUAUAGCGAGGACAAACUGUAUGCCUGCCCACAGAAAGGAUGCAUCGUGCGGCUAACGGAGGAGCAAUUUGUCAACCAUGUGCGCUACCAUAUACGCAGCAGCCUCAACCAGGGCAGCGAUCAGGUCAAGUGCAAGUACUGCGCCCAGACUCUCUUGCCUCCGGCGCUGCGAACCCACCUGCAGCAGGCCCACGCCCGCCACAAGCUCUUCUGCAGCAUCUGUCUGGCCACGGCGGCCAACAAGCGGCUGAUGCUCUACCAUGUUCGCAUCCAGCAUAGCCAGGAAUUCGAGCUCGUCAAUCGCCAGCUGCAGUUUAUCCAGUUGCCAACUGAACCGGAUGCUGCGGGAGUUGCCAAGGGUCAUUUCUUGACGGUCGUUGUCCAGCCAUUUGGUAAGCAGGAAAUGGAGCGCUUCCAGCGCCGGUUGCUGGAGGAGCUGAUGAUCCGUCGACAGGGCACAAAGACGGUCUACCGCGGCUCCGAGGUGCGUCUGUUGCCGCGAAUCAUUCAAUUCCCGGAGCCCAUACGCUGCGCCGAGUGCAACUUCAGCAGCAAUAUGCGGAGUCUCCUUCAACGGCAUCUGUACGAGCACAAGGAGAAAGUUGUACGCGAGGCCUACCAAUUGGAGGAGAGCCAGCCUGCUGUAGCAGCUGAGGAGGAAAUCGAUGUCGUUUCGGUGGGGGAAGAUGAUCCCACUGAAAGCACCGGAGGUGCGGCUGAAGCCCAGGUAGAGACGCCAUCAGUCCGGCCACCGGGUAAACACAACGCCGUCAAGCCCAAGUUGGUGUACGUUCCGCCGGAUAAGCGCUACCGUUGCGGCUUCAGCCGCUGCAUCCGUCUGCUGGGCACGGAGCUGGAGCUGCGCCACCACAUGACCGUCGAUCAUUGCUACAGCGAGGAGACCUUCUGCCAUCACUGCAAGCUGCCCCUGUCGGGCCAGAGCAGCGUGGAUAAGUACCUGGGGCAUCUGAUGCUGCACAAGCGACACAUUUACCAGUGUGGUGCCUGCAUGCGCUACAACAACAAGCGCUCCACGAUCGAGCGGCACAUCCAUGAACGUCAUCCGCUCCACGAGGUGGAUGUGGUGAUUCACCGUCACAGCGACACACAUCUGACAACCUCCGCCCGCUGGCUUAAGGCCGCCAAGACGACUCGCUUGACCCAUCUGGAGUAUAUAUGCAACCUGUGCCAGCUUAUCCUGCCGACGGCCGUCCAAAUAAUGGCCCAUGCGGUGGCCGUUCACGAUCGGAAGUAUCAGUACCAUUGUCCCUACUGCAUUGUUGGAAACAAGGAUGGCAGCGAGGUGAUCGAUCACAUACUCAGCAGCCAUCCCGGUCGGCGCGUGCAGCCUGUGCAGGUCUUCCAGCAGAUUUCACACAAAAAGAGCCAGACCGUUGGCUUCUACUGCAUCGUGUGCCUAAAGGGGGCGAACAGCUGCCUGCGGAUCGGCCAACACUGCGAUGAGAUGCACAAGUCGCGCUUUCAAUGGCAGUGUCCCCACUGCGAGUUCGGGCAUCAACAGGAGCGCAUUGUGUCCCAGCACCUCGAGAUGUCGCAUCCGAAGAAGAUCGGGCUGGCGGUGAUGCAGUUCGAGCGUGUGACCACCGAAAUUCCCGACAUCAUAAGCUGGGAAUUGGGUCAGCCCAUUGUGGAGGAUGAGCCCGAGCCGGUAAAGGUGGUGCAAACGGAAGUAAAGCAAGCCCAGAAUGCAGCAUCAAACGUGGCCGAAGGUCAGCCUCAGCCUCAGCCGCAGCCGGAGACGAAGCAGCAAAAGCAACCGGAGCCAAAGCAAGCAGAGCUUGUCAUCACCGAGGUGGUGGAUCUGCUUGCCUCGGACGACGAGAGGGAUGACCAUGAGUCCAGCGAAAGUCAGGAGGAACAGAAAAUCGUCGAAUUCGCGUGCACGCACUGCGGCGAGACGAAUGGCAACCUACAGGAUCUGCGCACCCAGCACUGGGCCCACGCCCAUCCCGAUCAGCCCUUCUACUUCCGCGUCCAGCCGCAGCUCCUCUGCUCCGAAUGCAAGCGCUUCAGAAGUAAUGCCAAGACGCUGCGCGACGACCACCUGCUGAAAGUCCACUCCAUCCGGAAUAUUGUGGCCUGCGAUGUGCGGCGGCCAGAGGAGUGCGCCUACUGCGAAUACAAGUAUCAGGGCUGGCAGGAUUUGGCACAUCACAUCAGCCGGGAGGGUCACUUGCCCAACGAUCUGAAGAACGUGACGGACGACGAGCUGGCUGCCUUGCAGCAACUCAGCGCCUGUGGCACCAGCGGCGAAGGCACUGUCGGUGCCCAAAACGAAUACUACCAGUGCGAUCUGUGCAGCGUGGUUAUGCCCACGAAGGGUGCCAUUGCCCAGCAUGGCCGUGUUGAGCACAACAAGCCCGGCGAGCGCUUCUGCUUCCGCCAGUUGACGACGCCGCUCAUCUACCACUGCUUCUUCUGCAUGUUUACCUCGGGGGAAGAGCUGACAACGCUGCGUCACAUGGUGGAUCAUUACAAUCGUUUCCUCUACUGUCACUUUUGUGCGAAGCACCUUCCCGGCGGCUUUGACGAGUACAUCCAGCACUGCUACUCCCAGCACCGUGAGGAUGUCCAUCGCUUCCGAGAGCUGCACUCGUAUGGAGACCUACGCAAGUUCCUCAUUAACGUGCACUAUCAGUUUCAAAACGGGCUGAUCAUCACCAAGAGCAGUCUGCGUCGCACGCGGUUCAACGAUGAAUAUAUGAUGAAGGCACUGUAUACGGAAUUGAUGGCCAAGGUUCAGAGGCCGCCCAUUCGGUUGCACAUAAACUUAAAGUCGGUGCAAGGACAGCAGCCUGUGCAUGGGCAGCAGCCUGUGCAACGAAACUUUCCGGUGCAGGCUCAGGAACAAAUGCCAUCUGCCCUGCGGUCACAUCGGAUAAGCCAGCGCCGCAAGACUCUAAAUCCCAGCGAGAUGCUUAGCUUAUCCAGGCAGGAUCAGUCGUCGCCACAUCGACCAUGGGAGGAACAGCAAGGACAGCCGCCGGCUAAGAUGCUCAAGAUUCAAACUGUAUCGUCCUUGGCAAAUCGGGUUCCGAGCGACAAUCUACCAGCCACCGCCGCCGUCGCCGUGCCCUCAACUUCAAGGCCAGCCUCUUCAGCUGCACCUGCAUACGUGCCAACUGCUCUGGGACAAAUGCCAGCUGCUCAGGAGCCACUUAAGCGUAUAAGCCAGCGUCGUAAGACGCUGAACCCCAACGAGCUGAUAAGGAUAUCCAGGCAGGUUCAGGCGUCUCAACUGCAACAACAGCCGCAAGCUAACGCACCUAGAAGGCGUAUUAUAGCGCCUCUGGACAAUGCAUUGAUGAAUGGCAAUAAAUCCGUCACUGCCACCGCCGUCGCCACCGCACCUCGAAGGCGUAUUGUAACGUCUUUGGACAAUCCAUUGAUGAACGGCAGUGAACCCGUCACUGCCGCCGCCAAUCCCAACUUGCCCUCAACAUCGGCUCAAGCUGCUGCUGCUCCCACUGCUCCACCAGUUGUCAACGUGCUGCGCAUCGUUAAGCGGCGCAACAGCUAUGUGAUCCAAACCGGACCCUAAAAGACAUAAACCAAGCCAAUAUUACCAGCCAAUCACUAUUCGCGACCAUUUUAUGUGUCGGCUGCUUAGUUCCAAACUAAUAAGGGUUUUUUUUUGUUUAGUUUGUGUUAACUUAACGUAGAACACGUAAUUAUUAUUAUUAUUAUCAUUAUCAAUCAUUACUAGAUUUGUAAGUGCCAGGAGAAUGACAAGGAAAUAAGCAGAAUGUUCGCAAAGGCGGGCUGCUUGUAAGCAUAAAAAACAAAAAAAGAAACCUACAAGAAACAUAUUAAACGAACGAUUUGGAACAAUGUAA